CAGCCGGCGUGGGUGGAUGAGAGAAGAAGCAUGUUAGUGGGGGGCUGACAGGCAGAGAAAAAGCUCGCGUUUAGAUUUUCAUUAUCCAUCAUGGCAUCCAAGUGCCCCAAGUGCGACAAGACUGUCUACUUCGCUGAAAAAGUAUCUUCCUUGGGAAAAGAUUGGCACAAAUUCUGUUUGAAAUGUGAGCGUUGCAGCAAGACCUUGACACCUGGCGGGCAUGCAGAGCAUGACGGGAAGCCUUACUGUCACAAACCUUGUUAUGCAACACUGUUUGGACCAAAAGGUGUAAAUAUUGGAGGAGCAGGAUCCUAUAUUUAUGAUAAGCCUCCUUCUGAAGAACAGCUUAUUCCAGGGCCUGUUGAGCAAGCAUCCAAAAUGGAAGAAAAGAAAAUGAAUAUUGCACCAAAAGGACCCAGCAAAGCCUCCAGCAUUACUACAUUCACUGGAGAACCCAAUGUCUGUCCACGCUGCUCCAAGAGAGUCUAUUUUGCUGAGAAGGUGACUUCAUUGGGCAAGGAUUGGCACCGUCCCUGUCUACGUUGUGAGCGUUGCGGGAAGACUCUUAUUCCUGGAGGCCAUGCUGAGCAUGAUGGACAGCCAUAUUGCCACAAGCCAUGCUAUGGCAUCCUGUUUGGACCAAAAGGAGUGAACACAGGUGCAGUUGGAAGCUACAUCUAUGAUAAAGAUGAAGCAAAAGACCAACCUUGAGAGCGUUUUUCUAGCCAACUAUCCACCUGCUCAGCCCAUUUGCACUGCAUUCUCUUCAUUAAUCUUAUGUGUGUAAAUAUAGUCAAACCUGCUUAGAAGCAGGAGGAUGAGAUAGCUGUAUCUGUUCUUUUGUAUGCUCCCCAGGCAGAUGAUAUUCUGUUCCCUCUUCCAAUUUUUAAUGGUGUGCUUUAAAAAGAUGGAGCUGUUUCUCCCUCACUUUGGUUUUACUUCAACUCUGUUAUGUUGCUGCCAUUACUUUGUAUGACAGAAUACAAUUUUGUAAUGUCCCCUCCAGCCUUUGGAGUUAUUAGUUCAUUUUUAAAGGUCCAACUUACCAUUCACUAUUAAUGGCUGAACAAUUGGAGGAAUAAACAAACUCUUCAGCGAGGUUAAAAAAUCAGGUAUAUCUUUGAACAAGGCUGCUAAAUGUAGAAUGAUAACUCCUAGAUUGAGAGCUAAAGUUCUUACCGGCUAUGGAUUGCCUUCCUGCAUAAAGUUUCAUUACAGUUCAGAGCUAGUCCCUUGUUGAAGCAGAUGUCAGCAGCAAGUUCUUCCUAGCAGCCUGACAUAGGGUCCACUAUACUUAGUUGAAGUUAAAGUGUUGUUUGUUGAAAAUAGUUUAUAUUCAUGAGGAACCUGUCAGAAAUUAUGACCCUACUAAUGUUAUGCUAGACAGAAUGUGGUCCAAACUUGGAUAUGGAAGUAUAAGUUAUUUAUGUAGGUAUCUGUCACUUUUAUGUAUACAUGGAGAAUAUUAUUGCUUGCCAUCCAAGCAACUUGGUAUAAAGCUCAAGCAGUAAAAGUGGGAGAAGUAGAAAAAGUCUCUGUGUGUGUGUUUAUGUGUUAGAAAGGGACCGUAGCUGUUUGCAGAGGAACCAGUUCUGAUCUUAUUAUUUAUGUGCUUGAAAUUUAUUUAUAGCCAGAUAGUAAAGUUCUUUUUGGCUUUGGAAAAGAGUAUAUCCUUCUAGUGUUUUUAGGGUCCCUGGGUUAUUAUAAAUUCAGAAGGCACAAUUGGAACUAAUCAAAUGUAUGAGCAGAGGUAGCAUUGUACAUUUUCAUUGUAAAACCUGCACUACCCAACCUGUAGACUACUUUUUCUAACCCAGAAUGCUUAUCUGCAUACCUUUUGCAAUUAAUAAAGAUGUUUGACAUGUA